AGCAAAACAGGCGAGUGUCAGGCCACAGCUGAUGUGAUCUCACACACAUCGGGCUCCAGUGACGGAGCUGUAGGCCUCCUCCUCCUCCUGUGAGUGAGCUACCAGUACAUAGCUGUCAUCUACUGGGACUCAUAGCAGUGCCCGGCCACCAGCACAGUCCGUACAGAGCACUUAUGAAUAUUUUAAGUAAUGUCCGUGUUGUUUCUAUUGGAUACGUACCUGUAUUUAUUGACCUCUAGGAGGAGCAUUUGGAGGAGUCCUGACUUAAGGAGUGUAUACUCCUGCUGCAGACACUUUAGUCUGUACUCAAGCAUCCGCUCUAGUAGCUUUAUAUCGAAGUUUCAACCACGCGCACAUCUUUUUAGGAAAGCUGGAGAAAGGGAAUUUAUUCAUCUCAAAUCCCAAGGUUACUCUUAUUCCAUAAGCUCUAAACACAGCCCCACAACUUCAAAGGGAAUCACUCUAGCAAAGGCGUCUAUGUCACGGAUUAAGAAUACUUUUGAUUCUGUCACCAAAGCUGUCUCAAGCACACAUGGGGACUUACUUUCACGCAUUGUACGCCCAAAGCCAAACCCUGCCAAUGCUGGAAAAGAAGAAAGCGUCCAAAUAAGGGAAGCGAGCGCAACACAGUCCAACUCUGGUAAAGGGGAAGUUCAGGACACUAGCAAAGAAUCCCUUCCAACUCAGUCUAAGAAAUCAAAUAGUGCUGCGGAACCUACCUCGCUGCUCACCCAAGGCAGCUCAGUGGAUGCCCCACAAGAAAACGAGGCCAGAACAAGUCUGUUCCAUCCAAGCUCUAUUACCACUAACUUCGGGGAGACCUAUAAUUUCUUGGCCUAUCAUAUAAACUCAUAUUUUGCAAAUGAAACAAGCAUGACGAAAAAUAGCAUUGCACAAAAUGGUCAUAGUACUGAUAUAAACAGUGAAAAGGAAAAAGACUCUGAAACUGAAGACAGUGCAGGUUCUGCAAAGAAAAGUAUUACAAACUUUCUUUCGAAUCAGUCCAGUAAUGUUCAUGCUUUUGUGGGUAGUUAUCUUGGUGGUCUGGUGCCCAAGUUCAGGCCCGAGCAGAAGCUUGCCUUAGAGGAAAAGGCAAAAGACCCAGGAAGUGAAGACUCUGAGGCCAAGACUGAGCAAGAAAUAAGUAAAGAUAAAAGUGUUGAUGAAAAAGCCAAGCGAUUGUCACUUCAGAGGGAAAAGAUUAUUGCACGUGUGAGCGUCGAUAACAGAACAAGAUCUUUAGUUCAGUCACUGCAAAGAGCCUCUGACCGAAGAUUAUGCAUUAAUCGUGUUGAAGAGUUGAGCUGUCACCUUCUAGAGUUUCCCGAAACCAGAGGAGUUGCAGUUAAGGAAAAAGCUAUUCCUUACUUACUACGACUUCGCCAAGCACAUGAUGAAACCCUCCGAGCUGCUGUAAGAGAGGCUUUAGCCCUGAUUGGUUACAAUGACCCUGUAAAGGGCAGGGGAAUAAGGGUGCUCACCAUCGAUGGUGGAGGAACCAGAGGGAUCGUAGCACUCCAGACACUUCGGAAGAUAGAAGAACUGACCGGGAAACCAGUGCAUGAGCUUUUCGAUUACAUCUGUGGUGUCAGCACAGGGGCUAUACUGGCAUUUAUGUUGGGUUUAUUUCACAUCCCGCUUGAUGAAUGUGAAGAACUGUAUCGUAAAUUAGGAAAUGAUGUCUUCAAGCAGAACGUUAUUGUUGGAACAGUUAAAAUGGGCUGGAACCAUGCCUACUAUAAUAGUGAAAUGUGGGAAAAAAUGCUAAAGGAAAGAAUGGGCUCUGACAUUAUGAUUGAGACUGCAAGAAAUCCCUUAUGUCCUAAAGUUUCUGCGGUCAGCACCAUAGUAAACAGAGGAAUACCGUUAAAGGCAUUUGUGUUCAGGAACUACAACCAUUUUCCAGGUGUUAAGUCGCCUUACAUCGGAGGUUGCCAAUAUAAUCUGUGGCAAGCAAUUCGAGCCUCAUCUGCAGCACCCGGGUACUUCCAGGAGUAUGUCCUUGGAAAUGAUUUGCACCAGGAUGGAGGACUUCUAAUAAAUAACCCAUGUGCCCUAGCUGUUCAUGAAUGUAAAUCCCUCUGGCCAGAAGCAUCACUCCAGUGCAUAGUCUCACUUGGCACAGGCCGAUAUGAGGGUGCAAUGAAGACUACAGCCACACACACAAGUCUGAAGGCCAAACUGAACAAUGUGAUCAGCAGCGCAACUGACACAGAAGAGGUUCACAAAACAUUGGACGCCCUCCUACCUCCAGACAUCUAUUUCCGAUUCAACCCAAUGAUGAGUGAAGACAUACCACUGGAUGAAAAUCGCAAGGAAAAACUGAGCCAACUUCUGUCAGAUAGCCAAAACUAUCUAGAGCGAAAUGAAGAGAAACUCAAGAAAGCUGCCAAUGUCUUGAAACAAGAGAGAACAACAUUCCAGCGUAUUUGUGACUGGACUAAAUUAAAAGUAGACAUGUAUGAUGGCCUUCCACUUCUCUCCAAGCUUUAGAACUACAACCACGUAUGGCACAGAGGUGCAUCUGUUUGUCUCUAGGCACACCAAUGGUGUGUCAUUUACACCUUAUGUUCUCUUGUAGCCAAGAUGUAAAGGGAUCAUUAUGAAUGAUUUGUAAUUGUUCUUCUUUAUAGAAGAAAUGUAGAUUAUUGUGGAGCCAGAGGGAUGGUAAUACCUUAUUUUAGACAAAUUUUUACAUUGGACAUGCAUUUGAUAAAAGGAAUGUACAUAUUAUAUUUGCUCACUUUUACUGUACUUUAUUAAUCUAUUGGAUAUAUUUGAUUUAGCUGUAUACAUAAUUAUUUAUUCAAAAUGGAAUCUUGAUUUCCGUCCUGGCCUCCACCCUGUCAAAGGAUAAGUGCACUAAAACCUCCACCUUACUCUCCAGCAUAUAUUAAUGGGUGCAGUAUCAUGCACAUAAGGUGAUUCCGUAUUAGAUGUGCACAAUGAAUUGAUGUUUUUGACAAGUUCAUGACCUGAAGCAGAUGUUUAUCCUUUUCUACUUUAAUUUAAAUAUAGAAUGAAACUGUAUAAAAAAAAGAGUAAAUCAAUUGUUUUAUCUGGUACUGAUCCUGGGUAAAUGCAUUAAGCUAUACGACAUACAAAAUCUGCUAGAUUCAGUCAACAGCUUAGCCGAGCUUCUAUAAUUCUAUUCAUUCCGCUGCACUGCAUUCUGAAAACUAUGUUUUGCACAUUAGAUUGGUGCAUAGUGUGUAAAGCGUAUACCUCCUUGAGUGUAUCUUCCCCACGCAGGCUAUCUGCCGACACUGAAAAAGCAGGGGAUGCUGAAUGAUAGAAGCCUGGUCUUCUAAAGGCUCAUUGGAUUUCAGGAACAGUACAAGAUGAUUUAGAAUGUGUUUUACAAAUGACUACAACAUGUACAAGUCAUUUGAGGUAUCUAAAUGUAAAUGAUAUUAAAAAGUUGCUAAACAAUUCAAUUUAUUUUUAUGAUGUACUGUUUUCACAGUUUGUCCAAAGACAGGAAGAAAAAUAUUGUACUAUAAGGAUAAGUAGUUUAUAUAAUAAACCCCAAUAAUUGAUGGUCAAUUUAAUUAUAUCAUUUAAGAAAAUCGCUCACCUUCAAAAUGUUUCCAAAAGAAACGUAAAGAUUUGUAUUUAGUUUUGUAGGAAAAUAUUUAAAAUAACUUUUAUUAUACAAAUAAAAAUUCCUAUUGUUUUGAUGCUUUAGAGUCCAGUGAGUGGUGUUGUGUAAUGAUUAUCAGCCCUCUUAAUGUGUGCCUACAGUGAUAGUUGUCGAUCACUUAGGACCGCCCACUGGACUUCUAAGGCCAGAAUGAUCUUCAUGUACACAACUCUGCUCCAGUCACAUGCAGUCCCUGAUCUGACAUGUCCAAUGUCAUAGGUUCCCUUUGAAGAUAUAUCUUAACUGAGAUGGGGAGUCCACAGACUUCACUGCCAUAAUCCUCAUAUGCUGAUUACCUUGGGGUUAUCCUAGUAGAUACUGUUAUGUUCUUACCAUUUCAUAAAAAAACAUAUAGAAGUGCGUGUGUAUUCCUUAAGAUGUACCUGUCAUUUACAAAAACUUUACAUAAUCUAGAUAAUACAAUUAUAUGUAUAUUUGUAGUAUACAUUGGAAAAAAAAAAGUGUAUAUGUUUGGGUGAAAAAAUCUUGGGAUUGUCCCUGCAGCAAUAGCUUGUGUCCCUGCAGCAAUAGCUUGUGUCCCUGCAGCAAUAGCUUGUGUCCCUGCAGCAAUAGCUUGUGUCCCUGCAGCAAUAGCUUGUGUCCCUGCAGCAA